CAUUUACUACACCAAUAACCGGCAACUCUACCGAUGUUAACCAACCGUUUGACGGCCGGUUUCAUAUGGAACCUAUAUUACCGUACAAUACAUGGGGUACAUUCAGGGGACUAUACUAUUUUGGGCUACGAACUACCCAACCCGACUCACCCGCAAUAGGUCUAAUGUGGUUCAAAAAUACGGCCACCGAUGUCGGCCAUCUACAAAUCAGACACCUGUGUCAGGACGUGGGCGGACUGGUUUACGGUUGGAAACGACAUAAUUUCCAGGAUUUUGGUCUACAAACUAUCCGUGACGGUAACUAUCACCUGAAUACGAGUUUUGUCAAACAUACCAGUGCUGGUACCGAUUGGUCGACACUGGUAUCGGUCGAUAGUACUGAUAAAAUAGAUGAUAACAACAGUGCUGGUGGUGAAAGUAUGUCAGUUAUAAUGUAUAUAUCGUUGACGAGGGACAGGGAUGACAUCCGGAUAACUGGGUUUAAUACUAGUUCACUAACUAUUCGAGGUUACAAUGAAUUUAUUGGUAACUUUACAUUGGAAAUCAGUGCCGAUAGUAAUAAUAAACAAUCGCUACUAUACGUUGGACAGUUGGCUUGUAAUGCAACCAUUAUUGAAACUACUGGAGCUUUGAAACAAAAUUUAAUCAAAAUGAAAAUCAAUGGCACAGAUAUCUAUGGAUUGAAACAGGGAUCGACACCACCAACACCUACUCGCGCACGACUUAUUGCAUAUCAAGUAGUAUUCAAAGGGUCGGUCAAUGUUAGGUCAAAUUUUUCCAGUAAAACAAAAUCACAAGAAAUUAUGGAUAAUAGCAAACAGUUAACUACUGGUGACUACAACUCCUAUGAAACUGAUUUACAAAAUCGUAUCAAACAAUUUGAUAGAGAGUUUGAUGAGAAGUUUCCGUUGAAGGGAAAGGGAUUUACCGACAAUCAGAUUGAUUUCGCCAAAUCGGUAAUCAGCGAAAUGUUAGGCAGUAUUGGCUAUUUCAAUGGUAAUCUGUCGGUUGACUCGCCGGGUAUGCCAUCGCCGAAAACCUACGGUCCACUACAGAUACUGUCGGCAGUGCCGUCGCGUCCAGUAUUUCCCCGACCGUUCCUAUGGGACGAAGGAUUUCAUAAUCUGGUCAUUCAAUGGUGGAACAGUUCGCUGACCACCACUAUCAUGAAAUCGUGGUUCAAUUUGAUGAAUAUUGACGGUUGGAUACCCCGUGAGAUAACUAUCGGUGCGGAAAGUCUGGAUCGGUUUCACGGGUUGAAUACCCAACGGGAUGUCAAUGCAAAUCCGCCGGCAUUCCUGUUGACCAUCGAUACGCUGAUGAGGCGACAGGCCGUCGAUAAUGGCUACUUGAAGGACAUAUAUCCCCGGUUGCAGUCGUGGUUUCAUUGGUAUAAUACGUCGCAAUCGGGUAGCAAACCGGGUACCUAUCGAUGGCGCGGUAGAUGGCAAAAUGAUCGGGAACUGAAUCCGUCAACAUUGACAUCGGGUCUGGACGACUAUCCCAGGGCUACACAUCCGACCAACGAUGAGUAUCAUUUGGAUUUGCGCUGUUGGAUGUGGUUGGCGGCCGAUGUAAUGACUCGUAUAGCCAACGCCGUUGGCGAUACAUCAAUGAAAGCCCAAUACAAGGCUACGGCCGAUAUGUUGGCCGACAAUCGGCUACUGGAGUCAUUGCAUUGGUCCGAUGUGGACAAAGCCUACUGUGAUUAUGGCUAUCAUUCGACAAAUGUAUCGCUAGAGAAACAGCCGUCUGGACAGUACGUCCGUAAAGUGUGGACACCACCCAAAUAUCAGCAUACAUGCGAUCAGUUAGGUUAUGUCAAUCUGUUUCCGUUGAUGUUUGGCCUAAUCGAGGCCAACAAUACACGUUUGGGACAUGUAUUUGAAGUCAUUGGCAAUCGAUCGCUGAUGGGAUCACCCUAUGGACUGUCGUCACUGUCGAAGACAAGCUUCUACUAUAUGAAACAAAACAACAUUCCGUACGGCGUUCCCUACUGGAGAGGACCCAUUUGGAUCAAUAUAAACUAUUUGGUAUUGAGGGCACUGAACCGGUACUCGGGUAUUGAUGGUCCCUACAAGCAAAGGGCCGGACAGUUGUAUAGAGAGCUAAGACAGCAAAUUAUUGACAAUAUGUUCGGACAGUACGAGAAAAGUGGUUUUGUUUGGGAACAGUAUAACGAUCGGUCGGGUUUGGGUCAACGGUCCCAUCCGUUUGUUGGCUGGUCUGGUGUUGUACUACUUAUUAUGACUGAGUCUUAUUGA